AUGGAUCCCAACAUGAAGCAGCUUCAAGGGACUCUGAUUGACAUAGAAACAGACGCGGAGCAACUUCUUCUGGCAAGGCAUCAGCUAGUGGAGAACGAUAGGAUGAGGAAUGCUAACAGGGAGGCCCUAACGGCCCUCCGGAAAAAAGCCAAGACAACUAAAACCAGUGUCCCAUCUCCAUUUGAGAUCGUAAUGAAAGAGAUGGAAGGAACUUCCGCCAAACAGCUAGUGAAGGAGAUAUGCUCAACUUGCGGGAAUCACGACCCCAAAGAACAUACCUGGCUAAUGUUUCCAGGCUCAGAUAUUUUGGCUCGUGUUCCAUUUCAUGUAGCGCACACUGUUCUGGAUAAAGAUCAAGAGCAUCUAGACUACGAGACCAAGAAGCUGCAAAGCUUUGUCAAGGAGAAAUCGUUUGCGAUCUCCGAGAAAGGCGCCCUCGCGGACAAGAUCAGCCCGGGCAUCGUGAGAUCCCUCGUCAGCCUUGCAGAUAAACCUAAGUAG